UCCAGGGCGGGCACAGCCCCACAAUGCCCGCCCAUGCCCUGUUUAGACUUUUAAGACCACGCCCUGUGUGAUGUCACAGUGACGUCAGAAGAAUGAUUACUAUGUGCUGACAUCACAAUUCUAAGCACAGAAUUCCCUUACACUGCUAGAGUAUCACAAGGUAAGAUCGUUUUGGCUUGAAGGUAAACUGAUAAUCGCUAAAUUACACAGAAGACAAAGAUUCUGCAGAUAUUUUUACAACUUUAUCCUUGAGGAGUAAUCAAGAGAACAGCAGAAUGACACUAGAAAGUCCAACAAAAAGAAAAAACAGCACCGUAGAUGAGACCCCCAGAAAAAAGUUUAAGGUCUCUACAGGGGAUGGAGCCUACACACGCUGCCUGGACCAAAUCAGUAUAGUGAGAAGCAAAAAGAAGAACAUUUUUGACGAGGGAGACUCCACCGCAAGAAAAAGGUUUAAGGUCUCUACAGGGGAAGAAGCCUCCACAGGCUGCCUGGACCAAAUCAGUACAGUGAGAAGUAAAAAGAGUAAUAUCUUUGAGCAGGGAGGACCACUUCCAGCCAAAAAUGACUAUCUCACAUCAUUGAGCCUGUCCCCUAUGAGUGAUAACUUAUUACAAAAACAAAACUUAAAGAAAAGGAGUCUAAAGAGUGAGGCAGAGGACUUUCUAGAGUCACCGAAUGUGAAAAGACUAAAGACAGAGAACACAAAUGAUGAAACAGAGGAUUCCCUUAGAGCCAAAUUUAGGGAAACCUAUAUUGAGCAAACACAGAUUGGAGAUGGAGGAUCUGCAUCUGUUUUCGCUGGUUAUCGUGUGCAUGAUAAAUUAUCUGUAGCCAUCAAACACAUCGAAAAAGACAUGGAGAUUUUAAAACAUGUGGAUGAGAAUGGAAAGCAGAUGCCCUCUGAGGUGGCUAUCAUGUUAAAACUGAGGGAUAAAACAACCAGUUCAGUGGGGCAGUCAGCUAUCGUGUCCCUGCUAGACUGGUAUGAUCUGAAUGAGGAACUGAUUUUAGUUUUGGAGAGACCCAUGCCUGCUGAGGACCUCUUUGACUACAUUCGAAAACACAAGGGUCACAUAACGAUGAAGAAUGCCAAAAUCAUCAUAAAACAGCUGCUAAAAGCAGUAAUUCACCUUCAGGAGGCAAACAUCUUCCACAGAGACAUUAAAGCUGAGAACAUCCUGAUAGAGACCGGGUCAAAAUUCCCCAAAAUUCAUCUUAUAGACUUUGGUUCAAGUUGCUUUGAUGACCUAAAAAACUAUAAGCAUUUCCAUGGUACUUGGGUACAUGUCCCACCAGAAUUCGACAAACAAGGGUUUCACAGUUCUGGACCAACAAAUGUGUGGCAGGUGGGCUUAGUCCUGUAUUACAUUCUGCACAAAAAACAGUUCCUUACCCGUGGAUUCCUGUCAAAACUAAAGAUCAACACAAGGCUCUCCGAGACAUGCAAAGAUUUUCUAACAAAGUGCCUGACAGUAGACCCAAACAAAACGCCCCACCCUAGAAGAGCUGUUACACCACCGCUGGUUGUUGAAAGAAGAUACUCAAAUAUAACCAGAAAACAGCGGCAUACUUCAUAAGAAAAGUUUAACAAUGCAGGAAUUUCACAAUAAUUAGAGGAUUGAUUUUUCCAGCUGUUCUGAUUUCUCUAUUAGUCCAGGAACUUAAUUCAGUUUGAUAUUCCUGCCUUUUAUCCAGGUGCACUGGUUUCCCCCUUAUUUCAGAAACAUCCUUUAGUGUAAGUACAGUUUUUUGGGUUUUCUCUGGGUGCUCCAGUUUCCCCGUAUAAAAAAAAACAAAAAAUCAUCCCUUUUAAUUUACUUUUAAUUUAGUUUAAUUUUAACUUUGUGUAUUUCCAUUUGGUUCUCUGGUUUCCCAAUGUAAUCCAGAAAAUAUCUCUAACUUUUUUCUUAUGCAAAUUUUAUUGAGUUUUUUGUUUUGUAAAACAUACAACAGAUAUGUUAUGCCACACCGACCUUUACAAGUUUACUUUACCGUUAGCCAGUUGAGAAAGGCAGACCACGUACUAUCAUACUGAUGCAUUUUACCUAGAAGACUA